AUGAGCAAACUUGAUAAUCUAAAAAACCUCCAAAUUUAGCAGCUUAAAGAGGUAAAUCCAGAGCACGGUGAUUAGACAGCUGCAGUAAAGUUUACCUCGAAUCGUAUUAAUGCUCUUGAAAAAUUUGUUAGAGAUUCCUUACAUUAAGAUAAGGAAUACUUUGCAGGAGAGAAAACUACUCUUUAAAAUAUUAUUGAGACUCUUACAACAGAGAGUAAUAGACUCUAAUAACAUUUACAUGUGAACAGAGAAUCAAAAUAAUAAAUUGAAGCGGACCUAAAAAUAUCUCAAGAGGAGAUUGCUAGAUUACAUGCGAUAGUUCCAUAACAUGAUGAAAAACAACUUCAAAAUGAGAUUUAAGAGACCAAGAAAACUAUUGUAAAGCUGAACAAAAUGAGAUAAGAUGAAGCCAAUGGAUUGAAUAUCAACGAUUUAAAGUAAUUGAACAUCAAGAACAAAGAUAAGGAGAGUCCUGUCAAUGAAUUGUGGAUUUGGUCUUUGGUUGUGAUUUACAAAGAACCAGCCUCAAGUUAUUAUUGGAACAAUUUCAAAGAAUAAGUGCUUGAGAAAGCUGAAGGCUCUUAAGAUUUCAAGGAAAGAUUAGGAAGAGUUAAAGCCGUUGACAUGAAAAAAGAUGAAUAUGAGAGAACACAAAAUUUAUUGAAAUAAAGGGAAUAGAUUUUAGCAGCUGACAUUUUGACACCAGCAAUCAAAACCUAAAUCACCAAUUUCUUUAAGAUUGUAGACUUGAUGAUAGAAGUAGAGAAACAUUCCAAAUCGAUCCAUAAUAAUGAAAAAUUAUUGCAAUAACUUGCAACUGAAAAACAAUAACUACAAUCAGAGACCAGCAAAAACUAGGACAAGGCCUAAAUUUUGAAGGAUAGAAUCGCCUUUUUGGAUACUAUACACAAAGGUUAUUAAUUUAUGUAUGAUGCAAUGACCAAAAAAAUACACAGCUAUCAACAAGCUCAAAUUUUAAAUGAUAAAUUCACAGAGUAAAUAGAGUAAAGCUUCAGCAAUUUAGAUUUCUCUAAAAGUUACAAUCAAUAAUAUGUCCCAUAAAUAGUACAAACAAUUCAACAUGAGAACAUCGAGGUUUAAGAUAAUCAAUAAAUGAAAGUUUAAUAAGUUGAAGUAGAAGUAUAGCAAUAACAAAAUCAAGAACAUCAAAAGGUUAUUGAAGUGAAAUAAACUCCUGAGGAAUAAUAGAUUGACUUAUAACAACCACCAACUGAAAUUGUCCAAACAAAGACUGGAGGUUGCGAAGCUUGCAGUAUUUUUUGA